CCCAGCGCUACAAAUCAAACUUGUAAUGCUGUUUGCACUAGGACUAGUAUAAAAAUAAACUGCGUUUAGAAAUCUGCCCAGCGUUACAAAUCAAAUCUGUAAUGCUGAUUUGCCUUGAGAAGAGAUUUGUAAUGCAUAAGCGCAAUUGCUACGAGUGCGAUACUUUUGCACAGGCUAGUUAGUGCGGGAGGAUUUGUCUUCGGUGAAGCAGUCGAGGAGAUUCACGCUAACCUCGAAGAAAGACGAGCCCCCGUAUCUCUUGUCGAUGAUGGACUUUUAUCAAAUGUAAAAAUGUCUGCAUCUUUGGGAAGAAUGCAACUUGUGAUGCUGAAUUAAUCUGUAUUGCAUGAGCAGCAGAGGGCAUUUGUCAUGCGGAGAGGGCAUUUGUCAUGCGGAAUAGGCAUCGCGAGGCCCUCAAAAAAACUGUGAUGCUAGGGCGCGCAUCACAGACAUCAUGGCCCAGGCAAAACACGCAUUACAAAUCUCGGAAUCUUCUAGACCCAGACAUUUUUACAUUUGAUAACUUGAGGAGGUUCGCCAUCGUCUUCAACUCCUCGAGGGCCUCGCGCAGUUUCACCUGGUCAAAGUUCAGGGUCACGCUUUCGAACUGCCCGCUGUCGUCCUCGACCUGCAGAGUGCAAACGCCUUGACGCGCCGCCAGGUUCAAUUCGUCGCACAUCUUCGCCGUGUGCUUGCACAUUUUCUUAUCCUUUGCCGCACCAAGGACCAGUGGCUCCAGCACUUCGGGGUCCUUAUUUUUAUUUUUGUAUCCUCUAGAAAGACGUCCCUACUCGAUACAUAGCCAAGAUGGAAAUUUUGCAACACAAAUCCAGAAGCUUUGGGUGUCACGCAUGACAAGUUGCAGUCUGUAGUUAGAGUCACUCAGUGUAGUGCAGGUUGGCUAGGACAGCCGCAUCACAAAUCCAUCUGACUGCUUAUGCAUGGGAGUAUUGCAAAUUGUUCCGAAACACGACUAGAACUGCCUCCCAGGGGGAUGCACAAUGCAAGCGCUUCUGUACUUAUGUGCGAAUUAGCAUGCGCCUAUGUAUGGGGUGGGGACGGUCUUUCUCAGGAUAUUUUGGGCGCCUUCUUCAUCGCGGACGCGCCCGCACUGUCGUCAUUGCCCAGCAAUUUGGCCUCUGUCUCCGCCCAGAAGGUCUCGACGUUGUUGAGAAAUGCGGGGAUGGACUUUCCGAAGGCCAUGGCCUGCCCCUGGGCCUCCUGUGUCCUAUGUAAAAACGCCCCCACCCCAUAGCCAAGAUGCGGAAUCGGCUAGACCCUAACCCACACGCUUUGGUUGUUUCGCAUGACAAAUUAAUUUGGACGCGUAGUGUAGUGCUGUUUGAGCUAGUUCGGCAGCAUUACAUACAGAUCUAGUGUCUCAUGCUGAUUGGAGCAUGACAAAUCUCAAAACAACAUUAGAAGACGCUUCUCAUGGGGCUCCGCAUGGGCAACAUGAACAUUCUAAGCAUGCGGAGUUGCGUGAUAACUACGGCGUGAAGACGUUUUAACACAGGAUACCCUGGAGCCCGAAUUCGUCACCUUCCGUGAUCUUGGUCACCGUCUUGCGCUAUAAAUGGCAAA